AUGAAGGUCACCUCUGGUCCAGCCCUUGCACUCUGUAGCCUGCUGUUCCUGCUGCUGCUGCUGCAGGUCCCUGAUUGCCUCGGUCUUGUCCCCCAGCCCCGAGGCCACCUCUGCCGGACACGACCCACGGACCUGGUGUUUGUAGUUGAUAGCUCUCGCAGUGUGAGGCCCGUGGAGUUCGAGAAGGUGAAGGUGUUCCUGUCUCAGGUCAUUGAGUCCCUGGAUGUGGGGCCCAACGCCACGAGGGUGGGCUUGGUCAACUAUGCCAGCACUGUGAAGCCCGAGUUCCCACUUCGCGCCCACGGCUCCAAGGCGUCGCUGCUGCAAGCUGUGCGCCGCAUCCAGCCGCUGUCCACGGGCACCAUGACGGGCCUGGCUCUACAAUUUGCCAUCACCAAGGCCCUGAGUGACGCUGAGGGGGGGCGCGCCAGAUCCCCCGACAUCAGCAAGGUUGUCAUCGUGGUGACUGAUGGGAGGCCCCAGGACAGCGUGCGGGACGUAUCUGAGCGCGCGAGGGCCAGUGGCAUCGAGCUGUUCGCCAUCGGCGUGGGCCGCGUGGACAAAGCUACGCUGCGACAGAUCGCUAGCGAGCCGCAGGACGAGCACGUGGAUUAUGUGGAGAGCUACAAUGUCAUUGAGAAGCUGGCCAAGAAGUUCCAAGAGGCCUUCUGCGUGGUGUCCGACCUGUGUGCCACAGGGGACCAUGAUUGUGAGCAGGUGUGCAUUAGUUCUCCUGGCUCCUACACCUGUGCCUGCCAUGAGGGCUUCACCCUGAACAGCGACGGCAAGACCUGCAAUGUCUGCCACGGUGGCGGCAGCGGCUCGGCCACCGACCUGGUCUUCCUCAUUGAUGGAUCCAAGAGUGUGCGGCCUGAGAACUUUGAGCUGGUGAAGAAGUUCAUAAACCAGAUUGUGGAUACACUCGACGUGUCGGACAGGCUGGCCCAGGUCGGGCUGGUACAGUACUCCAGCUCCGUACGCCAGGAGUUCCCGCUCGGCCGCUUCCACACCAAGAAGGACAUCAAGGCCGCUGUGAGGAACAUGUCCUACAUGGAGAAGGGCACCAUGACUGGCGCCGCCCUGAAGUACCUCAUAGACAAUUCCUUCACUGUGUCCAGUGGGGCAAGGCCCGGAGCCCAGAAGGUGGGCAUCGUCUUCACCGAUGGCCGGAGCCAGGACUACAUCAAUGACGCUGCCAGGAAGGCCAAGGAUCUUGGCUUUAAGAUGUUUGCAGUGGGCGUGGGCAAUGCUGUGGAGGACGAGCUGAGGGAGAUCGCCUCGGAGCCAGUGGCCGACCACUACUUUUACACAGCGGACUUCAAGACCAUCAACCAGAUUGGCAAGAAGCUGCAGAAAAAAAUCUGUGUGGAAGAGGAAGACCCCUGUGCUUGUGAAUCCAUACUGAGGUUCGAGGCCAAGGUGGAGGGUCUGUUGCAGGCCCUGACCCGGAAGCAUAUCCUUUCUCAGGCCGGGGAGGGCAGGGCUAGGGAGGGCCGGGGGAGCACAGAGGACUGUGGAGGGAUGACUACAGAGCGGUCUGGCUUAAGGUGUUAA